GGGGUCCUGGGGACCGGGCAGGGAGCAGUGAGUGGGGGCCGCUUAGGCCGCCAAGAAGCCUCGGGCUUUCCUGAGGAGAGUAUCCGGAGCGGGAGGCCCGGGGCCGGCGAGCUGCUGCCAUGUCCAGCUCCCGGGUUUGCCGCACGUGCGGCUGCACGGAGAUUGACAUUGACCAGGCCCGGGGCGAUGCGGUGUGUACAGCCUGCGGCUCCGUGCUGGAGGAUAACAUCAUCGUGUCCGAGGUACAAUUCGUGGAGAACAGCGGCGGUGGCUCCUCGGCUGUCGGGCAGUUCGUCUCCUUGGACAGUGCUGGUAAAGCUCCAUCGCUAGGAACAGGAUUCCACACCAACCUUGGGAAGGAGUCACGUGCACAGACUUUACAGAAUGGUCGGCGACAGAUUCACCACCUGGGUAAUCAGCUUCAAUUAAACCAGCACUGCCUUGAUACUGCCUUUAACUUCUUCAAAAUGGCAGUCAGCAAGCACCUGACCAGAGGUCGAAAAAUGAGCCAUGUGGUCGCUGCCUGUCUUUAUCUGGUCUGUCGAACAGAGGGGACUCCUCAUAUGUUAUUGGAUCUCAGUGACCUGUUACAGGUGAAUGUCUACGUGUUGGGAAAGACUUUUCUUCUCCUGGCCAGAGAGCUUUGUAUAAAUGCUCCAGCAAUAGAUCCAUGUUUAUAUAUCCCAAGAUUCGCCCAUAUGCUAGAGUUUGGGGAUAAGAACCAUGAGGUUUCCAUGACGGCCCUCCGUUUGUUGCAGAGGAUGAAGCGGGACUGGAUGCAUACCGGCCGGCGGCCGUCUGGACUGUGUGGGGCAGCUCUUUUGGUUGCUGCUAGAAUGCACGAUUUCAGGCGAACUGUUAAAGAAGUCAUUCGUGUGGUCAAGGUCUGCGAGUCAACUCUCAGGAAAAGGCUUAACGAAUUUGAAGAGACACCAACCAGCCAGUUAACAAUCGAUGAGUUUAUGAAGAUUGAUUUGGAGGAAGAGUGUGACCCACCUUCGUUCACAGCAGGGAAGAGAAAGAUUAGGCUACAACAGCUGGAGCAAGAACUCUCCAAAAAAUUGGUGGAUUUUGAAGGUGAAAUUGCAAGUUAUCAAGAUGAGAUUGAGACUGAGCUGGAGAUCACUCGACCAAGGUAUCGAGGAGCAUAUGCGAAUUAUGCUAAAGGAGAUACUCUGGAUGAUGGAGCUUCGGUAACCUCCAGUGGAUUAGGUGAGGAAGAGGGUGAGGAUGAAGAGCUGACAGCUGUCGCAAACCAUCUGAACAAAGAUUUCUGUGAUGAUUUUCUAAAUGAAGAGCGUCCAAAAGAGAAUGACAGAACAGAUGAGCAGAAAGAAUCGGAGCCUCCACCCAAACCCCCGAGUAUAUCCUCUCUGUUAGGCCCCCUCCCUACAGCAGCCAGCCUAGGCCUGAAGGACUCCAUUGAAGAGUGUAUAGCAGCUGAUGAACCUGAGUCAGGCAUUGAUCCUCAGAAAGGUGAACUGGACUUGAAUGGCAUCGAUGACAAUGAAAUCGAUAGGUAUCUGCUCAACGAGAAGGAGGUGGAAAUGAAAACUGAGCUGUGGUUGAGAGAGAAUGCAGAUUACCUGAAAGAGCAAAAGGAAAAAGAAGAAAGGAUAGCCAAAGAGAAAGAGCUUGGGAUUUAUAAAGAGCAGAAGCCGAGAAAAUCGUCUAAGAAACGCGAGCCAAUCCGAGCCAGCACAGCAGGGGAAGCCAUAGAGAAGAUGCUAGAGCAGAAGAAGAUCUCAAGCAAGAUAAAUUACGACGUGCUGAGGGAUCUCAACAGCAAGGGGAGCAGCACACCAACCCAGGAGGAAAGUGACAGCAGUAACCGUAGCGGUAGUAAUAGCCGCAGUAAGAAGGGGCCAGCCCACCGAAAGUCAGCUGCAAACUCCCGCAGCCUCGCUACACCUGUCAACAACCUGGGCAAGAGGCUUCGGCCCCUGAUUUCUUCAGCAUCUUCGAAAAAACCAGCAAUAAACCUGGCACUUGACUCAGGUCCUGGUGCCAGUCAGACAGAGCAGCCUGUUGCAGUGCUGGUCGAGAGCGGCCCUGUGGUUUAUAAUGAGGAUGAAGUGGAAGAGGAAGAGGAGGUGGAAGAGGAGGAAGAGAACUGUCUCAGUGCAUUGCAACUUAUAGGUGGAAAUGAUUAUGGCUUUGAAAUGGAGGAGGAUGAUGGAUUCUAAGAGGUAUUGGCACUUUCCUGAAGAAGCCUUGAAGCUGGUCGGAAAGUCGGGGGCUGUUUCCUGCGCUUUUCACGGCAGGCAGUUUGCUGGCAGAGCCCCGUUCUCCGGUGUGAGCGGCUUGACACAAGAAAGUAGCCUUUAAAACCUGGGAGUUUCUGUGCCUGGGACAGAAUAUUGGUGGCAUGAUGAAGGUUUUCAGGCACAUGUGUGACUGAAGAACUUUUUUUUUGAUCAGGAUCUAUUUGAAAAUGAAAUGAUGACCUUUUGUUUUUUGAGGUUUUUUUUGCAUUGUUUAUUUUUUGUACAGAAUUUGUUAUUUAUUACAGUUCAUUUGAAUAAUUUAGUUUUUGUAUUUCUGUGUACUUACCACCCUGUGGAACAGAAGUGCUUGAAACAAAAGGGUGCAGGAGAAAUGAUUGAGAAACCUGGGGCACAAGUGUGGGAAUGCCAACUUGAAAAAAUUCCAGAAGCACACCCACACUUCCAUGUGCCUGAUUUUUACCGAAAUUGGCUCUAAGCAAUGAGCUGGUAACCUCCAAUAGGGAGAUGUUGGCAAGAAAUCAUCAUUGUCUAAUCUGCUGAAGGUCCAUUUUGUAGUUUGAAACUUUGCAGAAAUGAUCAAUUAUGUUCAAUAAGUCUUAACGGUGGGUGUGAUGUCGCAGUGUAAAGGAGGGCCAGUACUGUUCACUCAGGGUCACGGUUCAAAAUCCAUGGCCUCUGAUUGUUGAUUAUGGAUUCACUGCUUUGAGACAUUUUGAUAUCUUUUCUGCUCAUUCCACAGGAUCAGUGUUUUCCUUAAAAAAAUAAAAACAAACAAACUCAGGGGAGUCAGUGUUGUCAAAUGAAGGGUGAUCGGGGAUUAUGGAUUUGAUGCAAUCCUUCAUUUGACUAAUUUGUGUGACAAGCAUGUGACAUCAGAUAUAUUGAGCCAUUCCUGACAUCAAACACUGUGUCUCCACUGCAUUGUGUAACAGCGGGAUUACAUUUACUGCUCAUUCUACGCAGAGCAGCUGCAGCAGUUUCACCAAAACAAAACUAUUAAUUCACACUAUUCAUAACGGAGCAUCUAUGCCGGGAGAACUUGUAUUGUCGCUUGGGUUUCAUUGAAGAAUUAAUGUGGGGUGUGUGAGAUUUUCGCACCAACUUAAACUGCAGAUAAGCAGCCAGCAGUACAAAUGUAGAUUGUGGUGUGUUCCCAUAUGCCUCUCACACCAGUCACUAAUACUGAGAUUAACUGUAAGUUUCAUCUCCAGACGAAAAACAAGUGAUUGUGAAUCUGAAUCCCAUUCAACAGUUGUUUCCCAUUAAAGUUGGACAAAUUAUCGGUUCACCUCCACCUGUUUCUUCCUUGGUGAUUAAAAAUAAUAAUUAACCCCGUCGGCUUCAAUUUGAAUUAACACCCAACAUUAUAAACAACAAAUAUCUCCAUAUCUCCUUCAAUUCCUGUGAAGACUUGACAAAUAAUUCUCCAUUGGGUGGUUAUAAACUGCAAAAAAAAAAUUAAAACUGAAAUUCUUAAACUGUGAUGGAGGUAUGCAUUGAGUUUCUUCUCAAUCCAUAGAUUUAGUCAGUCAUAGAAUAACACAGCAUGGAAACAGGUCCUUCAGACCAAACUGGUCUAUGGUGCCCACUCAGCUAGUUCCAAUUGCCUGCAUUUGGUCCAUAUCCCUCUAAAUCCUUCCUAUCCAUGUACCUAUCCAAAGGUAAUUUCAAUGUUGCUAUUGUACCUGCCUCAAACACUUCCUCUGGCAGCCCGUUCCAUAUAGGCACCACUCUCUGCCUGAAGAAGUUGACCCUCAGCUCCUUCUUAAUAUUUCCCUUCUCACCUUAAACCUAUGCCCUCCAGUUUUCAAUUCCCCACUCCUGGGAAAAAGACUAUAUGCAUCCAUCCAAGAUAACAAGGUGUAGAGCUGGAUGAACACAGCGGGCCAAGCAGCAUCAGAGGAACAGGAAGGCUGACAUUUUAGGCCCAUCUAGGCUGUCAACCAUACCUCCUAAUUUUGUAUCAUCCACAAACUGACUAAUCAUUACUUGUACAUCCACAUCUAGAUAAUUUCUGUAAAUAACAAAUAACAAAGGUCCUAGCACCGACCCUUGUGGCACACCACUAGUCACAGGCCUCCAGAUAGAGAAACAUCCUUCAACCAUCACUUUCUGCUUCCUGCCAUUGAGCCAGUUUUGAAUCUAAUUAGCCAGCUCUCCCUGGAUCCCAUGCGACCUCACUUUCAUAACUAGCCUGCUGUGCGGGUCCUUGUAGAUAACAUCCACUGCCCUACAUUCACCCAUCCUCUUUGUUACCUCUUUGAAAAACUGUAAAAGAUUUGUCAAACAUGACUUCCCGCGCACAAAUCCACGCUGACUAUCCCUAACCAGUCCUUGACUAUCCAAAUGUUGGUUGAUCCUGUCCUUCAGUAUCCUCUCCAAUAACUUGCCUACCACUGAUGCCAAGCUCACUGGCCUGGAGUUCCCUGGCCUGUCUUUGCUACCUUUCUCAAACAACGGAACAACAUUAGCCACCCUCCAGUCUUCCAAAACUUCAGCAGUGGCUAAGGAUGAAGCAAAAAUCUCUGCAAGAGCCUCUGCAGUUUCUUCCCCAUUCUCUCACAAUGUCUGAGGAUGGACUCAAUCAGGCCCUCCACACGUUAGGCUGCAAACACCUCCUCUCUAGUAAUGCGUGCGUGGUCCACAACAUUCCCACUUGUUUCCCUUAUUUCCUUAGGAUCCAUGACUCUCUCCUCAGUAACACUGAGGAGAAAUACUCAUUAAAAAUCUCCCCCAUCUCCUGUGGCCCCACACAUAGACAGCCGUGCUGAUCUUUAAGGGGACCUAUUCUCGCCCUAGCCACACUCUUACUCUUAAUAUAGCUAUAGAACCUCUUGGGAUUAACUUUAACCUUAUCUGCCAGAUCCAUCUCAGACCCUCUUUUUGCUCUUCUGAUUUCCCUCUUAGGUAUGUUCCUACACUUUUUAUAGUCAUCGAGGGAUUCACUUGAGCCUGAAAUCUUAAACCCCAAUGUGUGCCUGCUUUUUCCUGACCAGAGCCUCAAUAUCCCUCGUCAGCCAGAGAUCCCUAAACCUGCCAGCUUUUCCCUUCACCCUAACAGGGAUACACUGCCCCUGGACUCUUAAUAUCACCCUUUUAAAAGCCUCCCAUUUACCAGUCAUUCCUUUCCCUUCAAACAGACUCACCCAACCUAAAUCCUGCCCAAUGGACCCAAAAUUGGCCCUGCUCCAGUUCAGCAUCUUAACCUGUGGACCUGUCCUAUCCUCCUCAAUAACUAUGUUAAAACUAAGGCAGUUAUGGUCACAGGACCCAAAGUGCUCUCUGACUGGCACUUCAGUUACUUGCCUGGCCUCAAUCCCCAGGAGGAGGUCCAGUGUUGCACCCUCCUGAGUAGGGCCCACUACGUAUUGAUUUCAGAAAUUUUCUUAGGCACAUUUGAGAAAUUCCACCCUAUCCGAGCCAUUUACACCCUGGGUGGACAAGUCAGUAACAGGGGAAAUUAAAAUUUCCAACAAAUUAUCCCUACAGAUACAUACAAUCUCUACACAUUUGCUCCUCUAGUAUCCACUGGCCACGUAGAGAUCUAUAAUACAGUCCCAAUAGACUGAACACCCCCUUUUUGUUUCUAAGUUCUAACCAUCUGGCCUUAUUUGAU